GAAGAGACUUCUCUGCCCCUCCGGAAGCACAAAACGACAGCCUGUGAGAUAUGUAAGCAGAAGAAACUCAAGCAACGCGUCCCUCGAUGAAAUUAGCUUCUUCCUCGAGCGGCAGUUCUCUCCGGAGGAGGUAGAGAGGAUGCCCGAAGUUGUCGAAACUCAGAAUCAUCUUGCACGGAUACCGAAAGAAGAAUCCUACGCUCGUCCGCGUCGAUGCGUGAUGCCCAUCCAGCGUUUGGUCGACGUUCCCAUCUACCGUGUCCCCGCGAAGCCUUGGACGACCGUGACCGACGACGACGAUUUGGUGUCCCAUCUGAUCUCGAUAUGGCUCACCUGGAGCCAUCCCUGGUUUCGUUGGGUUAACCGGGACCUUUUCAUCCGGGACAUGCAGGCCGGUCAACUGGACUGUGAGUUCUGCUCACCAUUCCUGGUGAAUGCCAUUCUCGCAGAGACAAGUCUUUAUUCGGACUAUUGCGAGGUAUUCACGGUUCCGGACGAGAUGAUAUCCAGAGGCGACCAUUUUCAUGAGGAGACGUUGCGUUUGUUUGAAGAGGAAGAGGAGGAACAAGUCAGCCUCCCGACAAUACAAGGUCUAAUUACCCUAUUUGUACGCAUUACAAUGAUGGGGAAAGGCCACAUUGGAUGGAUGUACCUGGAUAUGGCUAUUCGGGCAGCCAAAGAAUACGAUAUAUCGCAUCCUUACCGACCGACAGACCAGGAAUCGGUACGGAUCAUGGAGGAUGCCAUCAAUGAGACGCUGUGGGGUGUUUUCAAUAUCUGCUGCACGGUCAAUCUGUGCACACUCAGACAUGUCGACAUGGAACCUCCACAACGCCCCCGACCUUUGAUGAAUCACGAGAAAGCGAGCGAAAUCUGGACACCGUACCCCAAGCAAAUGGACCCGAUACCAAGCCAUUUAUCCUCUUCGUUUCAUCGGUGGUGCGAUUUGUGUUGCAUAAUGAUCAAUAUUACUCGGACAUUUUUCGAUUCGGAGAAUAUAACUUCGCCGUCACAGGUGUCGGCCAUUGGCAGGAAUAUCGAGUGCCAGCUCCAAGGCUGGUAUGCCAAUCUGCCGGAUUGUCUACGUGUGGGGGAGAGAACAGUACCACAUAUACUCUCUCUACAUUUGUUUUAUUAUACGGCGUGCGCACAGCUUUACAGCAUCCUUCGAUCGCAAGCUCACGGAAACGAUGAUUCUAUAAGCGUGGAGGAAUACCAAGGCCGUCGGUUUGCCACCGUGCGAAAUAUUGCCGCUUUGUUUGACAUCCACCGUCAGCAAUGGGGCGUCGAACGCAUGCACCAGUCGACGAUACAAUGUGUGGCGGUCGGUUGUCUGUCAAUACUUGAAGGAUUGGAAUUUCCGGAAAACAGCCAGGCGUUUGUCACGUUGUGUACUGCUGCGCGGGACUUUGGUCGCCAUUUCGCCCUGGCUCGGGGAGUUUUGCAAGUGAUUCAGCUUGCCGCACAGAGCAUGAGGGUGCUUCUCCCGCAGGGCACUCAUGAGCUUCUCCGGGAAUUUGAAAAGACGCGUUGGGGAGAUGAGCAGCGCAUGCAAUCCAGCAGCCUGUACUUGAGUGCGGUGUAUCGACUCACACAAGGGGCUGGCGACGGGAAGGAUGAUGAACAACUCCAGCCAAUCUGGGAAUCUUUAUGAUUUAUGAGCUACGCUUAUUUACGACUUUCGGUUAAAUGUCUCUUUGGUUGCACUUGAAUCUAGAUUAAUAUUCUUGUGGUCUAUCUGCAUAAUGAAGUCAGCGUUAUAUAUCCAUUGGAUCUCCAGGCAUCGACCGUUGAGUGUAGACCAAUACCUUGG